CUACGAAUGAUGUUGGGCGCUAAACGCACGUGUGCAGCGGGUGCCGCAGACGUAGCAAGUGAUCGUGUGAAGUAAACUGCCUCUUACCUGCACAAGUCUGCACAACCCGAGCACAGCGAUGGCCAACGGAACAACGCACCCACCCGUGAUGUGGGCCCAGAGAAACGACACUGUCUUGCUCACCAUCGGUGUCAACGACCUGCAGAAUGAGAAAUACUCCAUCAACGAAAAGACUCUGAGUUUUUACGGAGAGGACUCAACCCAGAAGUACAGCUUCGACUUACAGUUUUUCAAAGAGGUCACUCCACAGGAGUCGAAAAAUAGGAAGACUGCGAGGGGUUUGUUCUUUGUUCUGAAGAAGAAGGAAUCGGGUCCGUACUGGCCGCGACUACUGGAGGGAACAACACGGGCGGCGUUCAUAAAGACAGACUUCAAUCGGUGGAAGGACGAGAGUGACUCAGAGUCAGACAACGAGUUGUCAGACCAGGACUCCAGCUUGCAGGCAAUGAUGCAGCAGAUGGGCGGGCUCGGCGGAGGUCCCGGCUUGUCAGGAGGGGAACUCCCUGGCAUGGAAGACUUGACAGAAUCUGAUAGCGAUGAUGAGCCAGCUCCCGUGGAAACUGAAGCUGAAGCCACACCCACCUAAUUACACACCACUAUAUCUACUAGCACAUGGACUGUCCUCCAAUGCUGCCGUAUUUCUGAUAGAGAUUCCUAUACAAUAUGCUGCACGUUUUGGUGUGUGUGUGUCAAGUGGAAGAUCCCGUGCGCAUGCGUACGACAAAUCGCCCCUCAAGUGCGCAUGCGUAGUAAUUAGUGGGCGUGGUUUACCCACGUGUGCACGGUAUUAUGUCGGGGAGAGGAAGAGUGAAGAAAGGGGCCGUAAAGGCGGGCAGGCGGACAGUAGCCAAGAAGAAGCGAGUUAGAGCAGUAAAGAUCAAGCGGACUCGCUCGCAUACCAAGUCCUGUUCCCUACUGGAGAAGGUUGAGUCGUGUCUGGACUCGUUCCGCUACGAGGAGGCGGCGGAGUUGUGUGUAAAGGCUGUGGAGCGGGAACCGGACAGCGUUCCUCUGCUGGAGGAGGCGGGGCCGCUGCUUCUGGAGCUGGGACACACUGACCGCGCCCUCAAGUUUCUGAAGAGAGCAGCAGAACUGAGUCCAGAGGAAGGUCACCUGAAGUUCCUCUAUCUCGGCCAGCUGGCUAGUGGGGAAGAGGCCGUCCGCCAUCUUAACACUGCCAUCUCCAUCAUGACGAGAGGGAGGGAGGGAGCACAGGGAAGGAAGAAGAAGGAAGUUAGUGAUGAGGAUAUAUCUAGAGCCUACUGCUCACUGGCUGAAGUCUAUCUCACUGACUCUUGUUUCUCCAGCGCAGCAGAGGAGAAGUGUCAAGAAUGUUGUCGUGAGGCGGUGGGGUUUGCCCCUACUAAUCCCGAGGCUCAUCAGCUUCUCGCCUCUUGCCUACUCAGCAGGAGCAGAAAUCAGGUGGGGGCGUCGUCCACUACUGGCAAUGUAAUCCUUGUUACUAUUUAUAGGAUGCCGAGGAAUCUAUUCGUACGAGUUUAUCGCUGUGGUUACCAAAGGAGGACGGUGGUGUGGAAGGUCAAGGGUCAGAAAAUGGCGGGAAAGAAGAGCGGGAAAUCCCGCCAUACUUCUCACGUGUCAGCUGUGCAAAGAUCCUGAUGGAAUUACAACUGUAUGAUGAGGCCUACACUGUCCUGGAGCGGUUGCUAAGAGACGACGACGAUGUGGUCCUGGUCUGGUAUCUGAUGGGUUGGCUUCACGUGUUGACGAAAGACAGAGACUCCGCCCACUUUUACCUUGAGCAAGCCAGCAAGCUCGUGGGUAAGACAGAGUGCGAUGAUGAGCAGAUGAUGACACACAUAUCGGAGCUACUGAGUCAGCACUCCUCAGAGGAAAAGAAGGAUGGAGAGGAGGAGAAAGACAGUAGAGCUAGAGAAGAAACAAUGGACGUUUCCUAGAAAUUGCUCCAUACCUUUUAGUCAUCAAAACCACAAAGACAUGUAAAUAAUUUUUGACAUUUGCAGAAAGAUCUCUGGCCAACGAAAAGGACCGUAAAUGGGAGAAUGCACGUGCUCUUUCCAGCUUGUGAAUAUCGACAUCUUCCAUGCGAUCAUCCGUGCAGUACAGUUGGUGGAAGUUGUUGGAGAUGGUGGCGUGGCCACUGAUCUGUCUGUUCGUGUUGGCCGGUCUUCUGUUACUCUGGAGACUGCUGAGCAGAAGUCUCUGGCUCCUCACGGCCGGCGGCUCCGAUCGGGCAACAGUCCGUUCGUCCGCGUCUUCCCCCCGUCUCCUCCGCCGCAACUAGUGACCGCUCAUGGCGAGAGAGAUCGCGUGCUGAAACAGAGCUUCUCGGUCGAUAAGAUCCCCGACUCCCUGGACGCCAUCGUCAUUGGCAGUGGUAUAGGUGGGCUGACUGCAGCCUCUCUCCUCUCCAAAGCCGGGAAGAAAGUGCUGGUUCUUGAGCAGCACGAUCAGGCUGGCGGUUGCUGCCACACGUUCAUCGACAAAGGCUAUGAGUUUGACACAGGGAUCCACUAUAUCGGGGAGAUGGCAGAAGGAACUUCCACCAGAGUUCUGGCGGACCAGCUAACUGAGGGGAGACUAGACUGGACAAAACUGGAGGACACCUUCGACACAGUGGUGUUGGGGUCAGGGGACCACAAGAGGGAAUUUCCGGUCCCCUCGGGGAAGGGGGCCUGGGAGAAAUCUCUGUGCGAGAGGUUCCCCGGCGAGGAGAAGGGGAUCAGGAAGUAUUUCGAGUUGGUUCGAGAGGUUGCGCAAUCCGCGGGGGUUCUGUUGGGGGUCAUGAAAUUGGCCCCCCGGUGGUUCACAAAGCUUCUGGUAUGGAGUGGACUGUUGAAACGAUGGUUCCCCGUGGAGGUCCUGGGCAUGUCUCUUCAGGAGGUGCUGGACUCUCAUUUCUCAGACCCAGACCUCAAGGCUGUUCUGGCCUACGCAUUCGGAGACUAUGGGACAGCUCCGAAGGAAGCGUCAUUUCUGAUGCAUGCAAUUCUGACUCGACAUUUCAUGUACGGAGGCUACUAUCCAAGGGGCGGGGCCAGCGAGAUUGCAUUCCAAAUAAUCCCCACCAUCGAGAGAGCUGGGGGGCGUGUCCUCGUCAGGGCCCCAGUGAGGGAAAUCCUGCUUAACGACACUCGUGAUCAAGUCGUGGGUGUACAAGUUAAGAAAGGACACAACGUUUUCGACAUCCUUGCUCCAGUCGUAAUUUCCGACGCUGGGCUCACAAACACAGCCCGUACCCUUCUCCCAGAGGAGGUUGGGAAGGGGUGUGGUCUGGUUGCCAUGGCCGACAAGCUCCGCCCAGGAAUGGCGCUAAUGACGGUAUUCGUCGGACUGGACGGCAGUGCUGAAGAACUAGGACUAAAGGCCAGCAAUGUCUGGGCAUUUAGCGACAGUGACUUGCAGACACAACUUGACACCUACAUGUCCCUCACAUCGGACGAGGCUGUAAAGUUAGCUCCGCCCCUUCUCUUCAUCUCCUUUCCCUCCACGAAAGACCCGACGUUUGCAGAGCGUUUCCCCGGCAAAUCGACGUGCGAGAUCGUGACGGUGUCGCCACAUCGCUGGUACAAAGAGUGGGAGAAGGAGAGAGUCUUGCACAGAGGAGAGGAUUACCAGAGCCUCAAACUAGCCAUCGGGCGGCAGGCAUGGUGUCAAGUUCUUGAAAUGUUCCCCCAUCUCGAGGGACGGGAGGAGUAUUUCGACGUGGGUACGUCACUCUCCAACCAGUACUACCUCGGUAGCUACAGCGGUGAGGUGUACGGGAUCGACCACGACUUGGAGCGGUUCACGCUCGAAACGAUGGCGAAACUCCGCCCACAGACGGGGCUUCCAGGGUUGUACCUGACGGGGCAAGACGCGAUGACGUGUGGAUUCUCAGGUGCUAUGCACGGAGGUGUCUUCUGUGCCUCAGCUAUACUCAGGAGAAAUCUUGUCUCCGAAUUGGCCGGCGUGAGAAUGGAACUUCGAGACUUGAAGAAGAAAAUGUAAAUCUCGACAGAUUUGCUGCAUAAAAACUAAUACUGAAAAGUAGACCUAAGGCUGCACAUACUCCAAUUAAAACACCGUUCUUUGUGUGUUGUCAUUAAUUGUUGUCAUUAAUCAAAUAAAAUCUCAGUAUACAUUUCC